AUGGGGACAGAGCCAGGACAGCACCCAAUGGCACGUGAUGGACCCCUUGUCUUUGCUGGCUCGAGCCCAGCCAACGUGCGCUUCACCUGCACCUUCUGGACCUCAGCCAUGCUCCCACCACUGCUCGAGUCCUGACUAGGCCCUGCCACCCUGCGAUAGAGAAGUACUGCUCUCCAGGGCUCACAACUUUCUAGAAAAAGUGAGAAAAACAGUGAGAAAGAGAGACUCUUGGAAGCUGAAAGCAUGGAGAAAACUAAAGUAAAAGAAACAUAUCUUCAGCAGAAAGAGCUGAUUUCUCAUCCACAUAAACCAAAGAUCAAAACUGAUCAAGUAAGCAGGCGGAAGGUGUCUGAAGCGGACCUUAUGGAUCAAGAAGCAGUAAAGGCCCUUAAAUAGUUCAGCUAAAUUGUCUGAUGGAGAAAAUAAAGUGUUUCUUUGCCCCAGAAAAAAUAUCCUGCUAU